AUGGACAUUGUGAUCUUGAUGGUAAUUCCUUAUGAACUACAGGUAUUUAUUAACAACUGUUUUGAUGAUAAAACAGAUGAGGCUAAACUAUUUGUUCUGCUUUCUGUCAUCUGUGUUCUGCUGAACCUGGCUGUAUUUAUAUUAGGGUGUCAAGGCAUUAAUUUUCUGCUCAGUAUACCCAGAUGCAAUUUGGUGGGUAUGGGUGAAAACAAGGUUUGUUUCUGCUGUGAAGAACAUUGCACUGAAUGUACAGAAGAGAUAGUGCUGAAGCUAUACCACGUGAAGCCGUGCAGUAUUGCUCACCUUGUUCUCAAUAAAGUCUGCAUUGCUCUUUGUGUUCUGAAUGCUGUAAGCACCAUGAUCUGCUUGAUAGCAGCUGCCCUGUGUUACUUAAAGAUUUCUGCAACAAGAAGAACCAUCAUAGCUGAGUCUCAGAUUGGAGACCAAGAUCAUGUUUUUGUUCCUGAUGAUUGUGUUGCACCUGGAGCUUGUGAUUCUUCUCCAGAAGCAAGUCGCAGGAUUCUUGGCUCUGAUGUGAAUCUAUUGCCCUGUGGUUAUGGAGCGCUAAUCAAAAACAUUGAAGUGUCUUGUUCUCUGAAGCAACAUCCUAUUUAUGAAAUUCCAUGGAGCCAGAGCAACUCUGAGCAGGAAGGUGCACUAAAAAGGGUCAUGGAAGUUGCUGUUGAAUCAAGGGAAGUGAGUGAUAGGCAGGCCGCUCAAGGGGGAGUGCUCAGCUAUGAAGCUGAAACAGAGACUGAAGGAGAACCACAAUGCUGCUCUGUCACUUUGCUGAAAAGUCUGAGAGGAAGAGCUCUGAGGGGAAGACUCCAAUCUUUGGUAGAGUAGUGCUGCAUUGAAAUGAAACAGCUUCUGGCGAGGAUCCUAGAGCAGUUCUCCUGUAGCAUGAGCCCUGACCUAUAUGAAUGUGUGGAAAAUAUCAAGUCUGUUUUCAAAUCAGAUGAGAAACAUGGGGCAGAAGCUAUCACCAGUGCCCCCUUCCUUGAGCAGGUAGUUUUGUUACUUCAAGCCAUGUCAUCAAGUGCCCACGUGUUACCUUUCAGACAGUAUCCUGGAUUCCUGCAGCUGAAGGGGUGCGGUGACAUGACUACUUUCAUGGAUGAGGACCAGUUAGGGGAGAGGAAGAUCCAGACAGCACAGUAUCAAUGGCAUCAUAGUCUUAUUGGCAUUGUCAGGGAAACCAUAAUUUGAGUCACUUUCUGUCUUUGUUUUUGAGCUGUUUUCUGUUUAUUCCUCAGUAAAGCACUUCUGUUAGAUAUACAUCCUCACAGGAAAAUUGUCUUUGGCGAGUAGAUGAAAAAGUGUGUCAAUAAUCCAUUUUUUUUUAUACCCUCACACUCAAGGCUGCUAAGGGGACGCUUGUUCUACAAAGCCUAUUAAGGAGAUUGCAUGCUGGCCUUCAUGGCUCUCAGGUGCAACUAGUCUGUUUCCCAUACGGUACUGUCCUGUUGCAUCUCUCUAGUCUGUCACCACUUUGGACAGAUUUGCUUUUUUCACUCAACUGACAAGAGAUGGCAGAACAGCCCUAUGCCUUCAUUUACUGUGGUGAGGCAAGGACAGUUAAUGCAUGUGUGCACUUUGUAUCUUGCUGGAGAGCAGGGUCAGUGUCAAUACCUAUGUUCAUCUGGUAUGUGUUACUGUAGUUCCACUGU